GCUAUAGGGAAUUUGUUUUCAAGUGUUUGUUUACGUUGUAAAAUUAAUUUAUUAAUAGUAAAAUGGAUGUUUAAUAUGUUAAAUAGUGUUUAGUUAUUGUUGUUAGUUUCUUUUGUAGAUAAAAACUAUCUCAAAAUGGGAGCUGAAGUACAAAUUGCAAACAUCGUCAAUGACAUUAUGAGGGUGGAGGCUAUCGAAGAGGCGUUCAGCUGCUUCCUGGUGCACCGAUCCGAGGACGAGAAGGCAGCUGCCUUCCAGCAGGAGCUGCAGACUGCACUCAACGGCCUGGCGCCCGAACACCAGGAGUCGGGAGUCAAGCAGUUCCUAAAUAUGGCCGCCACCAUGACCAACUACAGUCGACUGCAGAUCUUGUUCCAUCUGCUCGAUAGCAUGGUGGCGCAGAAUGUGCUUCAGGCUAGGAUGGUGUGUGAAUGUAUCCUGUCAUGUGAGAAGCUUGUCUAUCAAAAUGAAGACUUCUGGAUAGAAUGUUUCAAUCUGAUUAGGAAAAUAAUUGGUGGAGUCAACUACAAGGGGGUGCGAGAAAUCAUGAAGGGUUGCUGUGAGAAAGCACAAACGCUUCCAUCGCAAUUGAACGCUUCAAUUUUGCCUCAGCUAAAAGCCUUGGAAAAUGUCAUCGAAUACAUUUUCAGUAGAAACGCAUGUCUUCUGCCCGGAUAUUUCAUUAUGAACGAAAUUCAGAAAUGCUAUCCCGAUAAUAAAACAUGGCCGCAUUGGAAACUGGCCAACCUGCUGUCGAGUUUUGUAGAGAGCUUCCGGCCGACGGCGCAGAUGGUGUCGAUAAUCGGCCACUCAAAGAUGCUGCCGGUAGUGGAGCACUCCGGUUACGCCGACCAUCUCAUCAACUCCUGGAAGCUGGAUCCGGCCACUUUGAAGUUCUCCCUCAAGGGAAAUCUGCCCUACGAGAAGUCGCUGCUAGAGCCGCAGACGGGGUUGCUGCGAUGGGUGCUCGAACAACCCUACUCCAGGGAUAUGGUGUGUUCCAUGCUGGGGCUGCAGAAGCAGCACAAACAACGGUGUGCCGCCCUGGAAGAACAGCUGGUAGAGCUGAUGAUCUUGGCGAUGGAGAGGAGUGAGGCCGAGUUGGGAGGAGGAGGUGGAGGGGAGGGGGAGGAUAUGUCCAACAGCCACUGGCUGUGGCUCCAUCUCUCCAGUCAGCUCAUCUAUUUUGUCCUCUUCCAAUUCGCCACAUUUCCCAAUAUUGUACUAGCGCUCCACGAUAAGUUAGCUGGAAGAGACCUGCGUAAAGGACGCGAUCAUCUGAUGUGGGUGUUGCUGCAGUUCAUUUCGGGCAGCAUUCAGAGGAAUCCGUUGAGCAACUUCCUGCCAGUGCUGAAGCUGUACGACCUGCUCUAUGAGGAGCACGAACCACUUCCGGUGCCAGACUGCAGCAAGCCUAUCUGCAUCCACCAGAUGGCCGUCACCUGCAUCUGGAUACAUCUGCUCAAGAAGGCGCAGACCGAGCAGCUCAACAUACAGCGACCCAUUCCACACACGCUCAAAGUCCAUCAUGAAUUCCUGCAACACCUGGUGAGCAACCCAAGCCUGUCGAUGGGCUCCGACUACCGCAUCGCGCUGCUGUGCAACGCCUACUCGACCAACACGGAGUACUUCUCGCGGCCAAUGGCGGCGCUCGUCGAGACCAUUUUGGGCGCACAAAAGGGGGGCAACCCCCCUCAGCAGGCCCCCCCUCUCCAGCAGCCCAAUGCCAGUGCUGCCUCCUCCAACGGGCCUACCACCCCCCUCAGCAUGUCCAUACUGGACUCGCUCACUGUACAUUCCAAAAUGAGUCUAAUACACAGUAUAGUAACUCAUAUGAUCAAAUUGGCUCAGUCCAAAUCGAAUAUGGCGCUGGCUCCUGCCCUGGUCGAGACUUACAGUCGUCUGCUAGUCUACACAGAAAUCGAGUCGCUCGGAAUUAAGGGCUUUAUUAGUCAGUUACUGCCAUCAGUGUUCAAGUCGCAGGCAUGUGGGAUCCUGUACACUUUGUUGGAAAUGUUCAGCUACCGAAUGCAUCACAUUCAGCCGCACUAUCGGGUCCAAUUCCUGUCCAAUCUGCAUACACUAGCUGCGGUGCCUCAAACCAACCAGACACAGCUCUACCUCUGCGUGGAAAGCACAGCACUGCGCCUGAUCACCGGGCUGGGCAGUGCCGAGGUGCAGCCGCAGCUGUCGCGCUUCCUGAGCGAGCCGAAGACGCUGGUGUCGGCCGAGAGCGAGGAGCUGAACCGGGCACUGGUGCUGACCCUGGCUCGCUCGCUGCACGUGACCGGCACCGGCAUGGAUGCGGUCAGUGGCAGCUGGUGCAAGGAGCUGCUCAACACCAUCAUGCAGAACACCCCCCACUCGUGGGCCAACCACACGCUCCAGUGCUUUCCGCCCGUGCUCAACGAGUUCUUCCAGCAGAACAGUGUGCCCGAGGAGAACAAGCAGCAGCUCAAGAAGGCCGUCGAAGAAGAAUACAGAAACUGGGCGUCGAUGAACAACGAGAAUGACAUAAUCGCUCACUUCUCGGUGCCUGGCACUCCGCCGCUAUUCCUCUGUCUGCUCUGGAAAAUGAUCUUGGAGACUGAUCGUAUAACGCCAAUCGCUUACAAAAUUCUGGAGCGAAUCGGUGCCAGAGCGUUGUCGUCUCAUUUGCGAAAGUUCUGUGACUACUUGGUGUUCGAGUUUGUCAUCUCACAGGAAGGCCAGCAUGUGAAUAAGUGUGUCGACGCUAUCAACAACAUGAUAUGGAAGUACAACAUCAUCACAAUCGAUAGACUCAUACUGUGUUUAGCUUUGAGAACACAAGAGGGCAACGAAGCACAGGUAUGCUUCUUCAUAAUCCAACUUCUGCUCUUCAAAGCAGCUGAAUUCCGCAAUCGAGUUCAAGAGUUUGUCAAAGAAAAUUCACCUGAACAUUGGAAGCAGUCCAAUUGGCAUGAAAAACACUUGGCAUUCCAUCGCAAAUACCCGGAAAAAUUUGCUCCUGAAGGGAUGAUGGAUCAGAACGCUUGUCAGUCUUUGCCUGUUUACUUCGGAAAUGUUUGUCUCCGUUUCCUCCCGGUGUUUGAUAUCGUGAUACACAGGUACUUGGAGAUCCCACCUGUCACAAAGUCGCUGGAAACAUUACUGGAGCAUUUAGGCUGCCUGUAUAAAUUCCAUGACAGACCAGUGACGUACCUGUACAACACACUGCACUACUAUGAGCGCAAACUGCGCGAUCGGCCUCCUCUGAAGCGACGGCUGGUGUCGGCUGUGUUGAGCUCUUUAUGUGACAUCCGACCCGCCGGCUGGGCGCUGUCCGAGCCCUAUCUCGCCUACAUGCAGCGACAGACCGAUAAGGUCUGGGUACCCGAGCUAGACUAUUACGUCAGGCUUGUCAGGCGUAUCGUUGAGACGAUGUCAGGCAGCACCCACUUCCCGGCAAUGGACUGGCGCUUCAACGAAUUCCCGAAUCCGGCGGCGCAUGCGCUGUACAUCACUUGCGUCGAACUGAUGGCUGUACCUGUCACGCCCAACUUGGUCGGCAACAAUCUGCUCGAUGUCAUCUGCAAAGGGUACACAGUGAUCCCGACGGCGCAGAUCCAGCUGUGGAUCAACACGAUUGGCCUGCUGAUGGCUGCUCUGCCCGACUCCUAUUGGCUGGUGCUACACGAUCGCCUAUUGGAGGUUCUCUCCUGCCCACAACUCACCAGCUGGCCAUUCCGGCAGACGCCCUUCGACAUAUUCUCCUUCUCGCUCACUCACAACUGUCUGCUCGAGAACAAGUUCUCCUACACGCUCGCACUCGCGCAUGCCAUGUGGCAUCAUGCUGGCGUCGGACAGAUUACCACUGUGCCUCAAUUCGUGCGAGAAAAACUGGUACCGCUGGUGAAGACUGAAGAGCAGUUUCUGUUUGUGUGCCAUUUGGUGGGGCCGUUCCUGCAGAGAUUCAACACGGAGCGCCACCGCUGUGUCAUGGACCUCACCAGCGACAUCUACACCUCCCUCGAGCAGGUCGACAAGAGUGUCGCCCAUCUCAAGCACAUGGACCCCAUAUGUGACCUGCUCUAUCACAUCAAAUACAUGUUCGUUGGAGACUUUAUGAAGAACGAGGUGGAAACUAUCAUAAGGAGACUAAGGCCAGCACUGCAAAUUCGUCUCAGGUUCAUAGCCCACCUGAACAUAGAAGAGAUCGGCACAGAAGGUCAACGUGUGGGACCAGCAGCUACCAACCCAGCGGCAAUAGCUGCAGGGCCAGGAGUGGGGGUAGAGGCCGGCAGUGGUGGAGGGGGUAGCAGCCAAUCAGCUGUUGCGCGGUGAUUGGAGGCCACGCCCCUCGGGGCGGGGCUUGUCAGUGCUAUCAGCCAAUCAGUAGCCACCAUGUCAGUCAUUCCAGGCGUGCCAACUAUUGUGCAGGAUAGCGCUGUUGUCGUAUCAAGCAUUCCUUCCAAUCCGAUGCAUGCUAUUGUUGACUGAGCUUUCAGUCUAAGCACCCUCUUCGCGGUCAAAUAUUUGAUUAAAGGUAUUUGACCAACUGUCGUUAAGGAUUAAUGUCUUUCUAUGUAUAAUGUGACAGAGUAUUAUUUGAUAAAAAUGAUCAUUGACUAACUUUUAUCAAAUUUAAUGCCUAUUUACUUAUAAUGUGAUCAAACAAU